AAACCGGAUGUGUAUGUUUGUCCAUCAUACGUAAUAGGGUGCUACUGUACAAUUUCUCUCAUUUUUUUUGCACGUUCCAUCGCACUUCUUGGACAAGACUGAUGAGAGUUAGAGCGUUGGUUUCUACGAUAUUCUGAGAAAUUAUCGCAUUGAAAAUCUUCCGCAUGAAUUCGAUUCGAAUUAAUUGUUAAUUUGCAGCUGAACCGUGAGCGGGUUCGUUUGUUUGUCCUUGACGCGACCGAUGUGGAGACUCCACGCGAGUCUCCUCGAUAAAUCGUUCAAAGAUGCAAACGCAGGAGACUGAAGGUGCAGAUGGAUCUCCAUGGAAUAACUCUAGUGGCUUAUUGCCAAUGCUCGAACAAUAUAAACGCCUUGGUACUAUUACUAUCGCUAGAAACAAAGUGUUAACCGCACCACUUAAUUGCAGACGGUUCAUGCAGGUACGAGGCGUGGGAGCUGGCGGAAUUGUUUCCACGGCAUAUUGUCUAUUAUACAAACUCUUCACGCUGAGGCUAACUAGGAAGCAGCUGAAUGGGCUUAUUAAUCAUCCAGAUUCGCCCUACAUACGUGCCCUAGGAUUUAUGUACAUUAGAUAUACACAGCCACCAGCAGACUUGUUCAGCUGGUACAACGAUUAUCUGGAGGAUGAAGAGGAACUAGAUGUGAAGGCAGGUGGCGGGCAAGUGAUGAAAAUGGGCGACAUUCUCAAACAAUUCCUUACUAAACUUGAGUGGUUCUCUACAUUGUUUCCACGGAUACCGGUACCAAUCCAAAAAGAUUUGGAGUUGCGAUUGGCCGAGCGUUUUCCGCAACAGCAGGUGAAUGCACGAAACGCUAAGCCGCCAAUCACUCUUAAUAGCCAUGGCAAGUAUGGCAACAAGGAUGGUCGUAAGGACAACGGUAAUUUGACAUCGCGUAAUCAGCAACCCCGUCAUAUCCCCGAUAAUGAGACUCAGUGGGGUGAGGCCGAGCGUAUGAGCCAGUGGCGUGCCAGAACCGAUGAGGAUCGUAAGGACAAGAAUAGAGAGCGCGAUCGCGAUCGCGAGAGGUUACGGGAGCGUGAUAGAGAAAGAGCUCGCGAACGGGAUCGUGAAAGAGACAGGUAUAGCAGAAGAUCGAACAGUCGUGACAGAAAUAGAAGGCAGAGGGAUUAUAGAAGCCGUAGCAGAGAUAGAUCAUAUAGAGAUCGAAGCAGGGAUCGCCAUCGCGACAGAGACCGACAUCGGGAUAGGAGAGGCUCGCCGUAUGACUAUGCCACAGAAUUGGCACGUGAGCGCGAAAGGCAACGAAGGGAAAGAGAAUGAGAAACGAAGACGAUUACACAUUGUGUACAUAUUUAAUUCUUUCUACGAACUAUGUAACGAGCAUUAAGAAGAAAAAGUGACAGUAGCUACCGAGCCAAGUCAUCAUUACCACCACUGCAAUCACGAUCUCUAUCAUCAACGUCUGCACUACUUAUGUGCGUUCACAGGGGAAUGUGUUUUCCAACCGAAAUAUAAGUCUAAGUUUAACUCUAUAUUCACAUAUAGUUUACAUGUUUUUAUAAAAUAAAUUCGUCACUAUCACUGCUGUUUUUC